GAGGGAGAGGAUGAACGGGAGAGACGGAAGUGGGUCGUAUGGAUUGUCUUAAGAUGGAACAUGUCAUUGCUUCUGUGAAGGUUGUUACAUGGGUCUCUUGGAAGCGGCCUGGUAUUGGAAGAUGGCACUGUCCUGGACGAGCUUCGCUGCUCUGGUACUGCAUCAACAGCGACAACCUUUCGAUGUCCUCUUCACGGUGUCGACCUGUUUUCUCGCGUACUCCGCGACGUCUCUCCUGCUCUAGGCGGCUCUCUAUUACUCCCUGUACGGCUUCCGCCCUACCUUACGCUGGAAGAGAAACACAAGUCACAAGAAUGGCAAAAUCG